UGUCAAUUGUGACGUCACAUGGUUUAUUGGGGUCAGGGGUCGUUGCUACGCGCGCUAUUUCUGUACUUUCCCUUCGCUCUCGUCUAUGGCCAUGUGUGUGUUGCACAGUUAAUACUUUCCGUCUGUGCGUCUUCGGGUGACGGGAUUUAAACUGAAAAUGUCAGCACAUCUAGAAUUUUCACCAGAUGACAAAUAUUUUUCAGAUGAAGUUGAGUUUGACCAGAUCCGGCAAAGUGGCAGAGAGAGGUUACAAGAACUAUCCAGACCAAAAGAGCCUAAAGUAGAAUGGUGGACAAAUGUUGGCCCCAAUGUUAUGUGGGGGACCCAGGAGAUGCUAUGGCCCAUCAGGCCAGAGGCGAAGGAAGCCACACCAACAGAACGGGUCAUCAAUCUGUCCACCCCAAAGAAAAACUUCCAGACAGGAAUGCAUGCGGGCAGGCCAAUAUUCUACUACAGUUGUGGUCGCCCGUCGAUGAUAUGGGAGAAUAAGUCUAAUGUGAAGGAAGCCAAUGAGCGGGUCAGUGUUCUGUCCACUCCCAAACAGCCAAGUAGGGAGUUCACCAACCAAGAAAUCAAGGAGCCUUACACAGAACAGGACUUGAAAAGAAUGUAUCCUAAUGUCAAAAGACCACAAUUCCUGUUCAGUUGCGGAAGGUCGAGCCCAAUAUGGACGGUCCAGAAGGGGGCAUUGUCUGCAGGUGACCGCCCACGCACGCAGAACCUGGCCUACCCCCGCCCACCACACCGCGAGUUCCAGCCCAGUCGCCAAGUGGAAACAAUUAUAGCUGGGAGUGCUCUUAGUGCCGCAGCUUCAGAACGGAUACAAAGCCUAUCAACGCCCAAAGACAGGCCACAUGGGCCGUUUAGACCACCGCAAUGGCCGGUAACACCGGGAGCAAGAAAUGCCAUUUCUUCAAGUCGAUGUGUUGACCUUGCUCGUCCCAAGGCCACGGUAGAAGGAUAUCAACUGCCACGAGAUGAGAUGUGGCCCGUCACGCGUGCAGCCAAGCGUGGCAGUGCAUCGGGCAGGCUUCAGGAACUAUGUAGGCCAGUUGUGAGAGCUUCAAUGGAUCAUGUGCAAUUUAAUCCAGACGCUUUCUUGGUGAAGGAAACGGCCUUAAAGGGGGUUAUACCUAAGCGUUGUGACGAACUAGCUCAACCAAUUCAGCGCUAGCAGAUUAACAUGGACAUUAAAUCUUGCCACUGUGAUAAAACCUAUUUAUAUAUCUAAGCGCUUGUUUGAGAUGCUGAAUCAUUGUAAAGAAAUAACUUAUUUUUACCCAGUAUGCACAAUUUGACAAGAACAGUAUUAUUUAUUACUUGUGAUGUCACCGAAACAGUAUUAUUGUUAAAGUUAUGUUAACUGGUCCAUGUUUCAAUAAAAGUAACUAACAGUAUUAUUGUUAAAGUUAUGUAAAUUGGUCCAUGUUUGUUAAAGUUACGUAAAUUGGUCCAUGUUUCAAUAAAAGUAACUAACAGUUUUAUUGUUAAAGUUACGUAAAUUGUUCCAUGUUUUGAUAAAGUAACUAUGCAUUCCCAUGAAAUGGAUUUGCAAUGAAAAUAUUUCACUGUUCAAAUCAAUUAUAAAAUUUCACCAUGGUAUGAUAGAAUAGAUUAGUUCAUUUCAAAGCAACGGAGGUGUGAAACAAAGGAAUGAUUUGUGCCUGUAUCAGCCAUCCCUAUAAUAGGUGGACUUGAAGCAGUGUAAUACAGAUUUACAUCACAUGAAAUGUGUUGAUUUUUAUAGACUGAGGUUCCAAUAUGAUUAUCUGACAAGUCUUAAAUUUUAAAUUACUUUUUAAUUUCCAAACAGGUACACAAAAAAGGCUGGUUUGCUACUGUAAUAAUUUUACAAAUAAAUUAACUGUUAUACGAAUUCAAUAACUUCUGAACUUAAUUCCUUCAAAAUAAUUCAAUUUUAAUGAAAUAAUGCUGAUUACUUUAUAAAAAGUAAGAUAAGGACCCUUGUACAUAAACAGAUAUGUAGCCUUUUGCAUUGUGAUUAUCUAUAUAAGGGGAGACAACUGGUAUAAUUGACUGGUCGAAAGAUGUUUCAGGGAAACAAAUAAGGAAAUAUUUCAAGCUCAACACUUUAGCUUAAGUUUUGGAAAUACCAAUGUUAUAAAGUUAAAUGAAUUCUUAUUUUACAAUGAAAUAAGUUUCCUUGGCUUAUCUGCUGUUAAACAAGAUAUUUUUUCUUGUUGUAUGAUGCCUAGGAAAUCUUGUGUGCUAAUCUUUUUCUUGUUACUAGUAUACUAUGUGGUGAGACCAAGUAUUACAAUUUAACUAAGGAUUAUGUUUAUUUAUUUUUAUUUAUUGAAACAGAUUCCAGCAAAUGAAAUCCUGACUGUCAUAAACAUUAACAAUCUCAAGCAGGUUGUCUUGAUUUCAUUUAGUGGACAUAACAUUAAAUAUUUUCCUUUUGAAAUAUUUUAGCAUUUGGUUGAAAGCAUCCAUGCAUAGAAACUAUGUUUAUAACAUUGUAUUAACUCCAGUUCUUUAUUAUUUAUAUAAUACCACAAGGACUGGGGUGCCGAUAUUGUAGGAACCUAUACAGGAGAUAUAUGUCGGGAGUGUUCUGUUGUAAUCAUUAUUACCGCUAUAGUAUAGUUUGGUUAUGUUUUGUUGCUUAUGUUCUGUUGUUUUUUCCCCAAAUAUCAUUGUUAUCAGGAGUGAGACAGUUGCAGCAAAUAUCUUCUACACGUGUGUUAUGUGAAUUAAAAUGCAAAAAAAAAUC